ACUUCACGCCAUUUUUACUUUACAAAAUUUUGACAAAAGGAAAGUUCUUUCUGCGUCCUUCCGAAAAAAAAGAAAAUUUUGUUAUACUUCUACUUAAUUUAAUUUAAAUAGAUCUAAAUUUAGAUUCUUUGUUAAAAUAUUUGAUAAAUAAAAAAUACCUCUUUUGUUUACGUACGACAUAUCCCAAGGAAAAAAAAAAAAUAUCUUGUCGCCCUGAAACAAAAUGAGCGGAAAAGUUUUAUUCGCCUGCUCCAAAUGCUUCUCAAGGCAUCCAUUUGAGGAAUUAUCUUCUGGGCAACAACUUUGCAAGAAUUGCCGCUCAUCUUCUUCAUUCUCGUCAGUUGUAAAAUGUACUUAUUGUCGUUCUGAGCAUCAACAAUCAAGUAAAUCGAGCGUGUGCAAAAAAUGCGAGCAAAGUCUCAAGCAAUAUGGCAAACCAAGUGCCUGCGAAUGCUGUAAUAUUGUUGCUGCUUUUGGUGGUCCUAAAUGUCAAAGGUGUACAAGCUAUGAAGCAAAAUAUGGUCAGCCAGUAACCUGCGAUGAGUGUAAACAGCGAUCGGCGUUCGAUAAACACGAUGAGAAUAAAAAGGUUAAUGGUAAACUCCUUUGUUGGUUGUGUACGUGCGCAUAUAAACGUGCAUUAGUUAAAGCCCACCAGGAUGGUCGUUUGGCAAAAAAACGACCACAUGAGAAACAACACAAAGAUGGCUCGAAGAAGACACAGCAGUCACGUUCUGAGAUGUCAAAGAACUCGGGUAGUCUUGAUAUUCCGGAAAAAAGUUCACGGCAAAGUGCAUCAUCUGGCGGUAGUGGUGGUGCAGGAAAUGGUGGGGGCAAUGGUGGAAGAGAUCUUCCACCUAAUGUGCCCAUAGUUGCACCAGCUGUGGUUUCUAUUGAUCCGAAUAGCUCGGAUCAUGUUGUUGCAAUGACAGAAUUAAAAGAGCGAAUUGCAAGUCUCGAGAGGAAGCUAGUUAUGAAAGAUAAAGAUUUACUAGAAAAAGAUAAACAGCUAACCGAGCUUAAAGGAAUAAACUUUGAGAAGGAAAAUGAAAUGCGCAACAAGUUAAAGGAAAACGAUAGAAUACACGAAAUGAAAGUGGACCAACUAAACUACAGAAUAGCUAAUUUACUUAAAGAAGUGGCUACACUCAAGAGAGGCAGCAAGAAAAAUGGCACAGCUGGUGGCAAGGAUAAAGAUAAGGAAUCUGCAUCUGGCAAAGACAGCGGAGGCUCUGGAACAGACAGCCCAAUAACGAAUUAGAGAAAUUUCUGUUUUUUAUUUGCUGGGGAAAGGAACAUUACCAACGAACGUUUUCGAGUGGUGUUCUUAUUUAUCGAACAACAAACAUUUCUUGCUAUUAAAAAUCUAUUUAAACAAAAAAAAAAACAUUGUGAAAAAACAAAUCCAAGUUGUCUAAAAUGAAAGAGAAACUAUCCUGAAUAAUUCUACCGAAUUAUUGAUAUAUAAUCUUCAUUAUUCAUUAAACAACUCUGUAGCGUAAUAGUAACUUUUUAUUUAAUUUUUUUUUUAUUUACCAAUUGUAAAUAAAUACUAUUUGACAAAAAUAAUUA